AGUAGCACAACUGUCAGCAGCUGCACAGCAACUGCAGCUCGUUGGAGCGGCCCGCCGGAAGCGGCAAGUAGACGCGCAUCACCUUCCACUGUCAGCAAAGAAGUUGGAGCGCAUGUGCGAGAGUGAGGGAAACGGUUGCUCGUUCAUUGCGCCUGGGAAUUGUGCCACAGUACCCGUGGAUCAAGUCGGGUGGUGGCGUGAGAGUUUUCGGUGCACUAACUGCGGUCGCAAACACGCUCUAAACAUGCCUUGUCGUCCCCGCAGAGCAGCAAGAUCCGCGCGUAGUAGCUCCAUGACCUCAAAUAGCACGGCGACAGAACCAGCAAAUAGAGGAAGGGUCAGGGGUGCGAAGCCUCGACAAGCAAAAGAGGUCGUGGCGAGGGAAUCAUCAACUUAUGGCUUUACUUUAGUAGAUCCAUCUGCACCAAAAGCAUCCCGAGAGAGUUAUUUAAGAGGAACACGCUCCCGGGAUGCGUCUCCCAAUGGAUUUAGCUUUAGGUCGGGUCUAAUUCACGGAUCCUUCUGAUAGUGACGCCUCAAGCGCGACAGUAGACCCGUCAGAUGUGAAGAGGAAAGAGAAGAAAGACAAUGGCACCACGGCUGCUUUGCCUAUUUUCACGAAGCUAGGUCCGGCGCACCGAGGAAGGUUGGAACUCGUCAAAUGGCGGGGUAGAAAAACUGGAUGUGGUACUACGUCUUACGGUUUUGCAGGCUGUGAAGUUGGUAGCAAGGAGGAAAAGCGGAAAAGAGAUCGCUUCGCUCAGUGCGGUUUGUGCGAAGAAACUUUUGCACUAAGUGGUACCUAUUGAGUCUGACUAACUAAACUUUCUCGUAAGAAAUUGCAUUGCUCUCUUCGUCCCUGCGUGCCGCGUUUUUGUUGAAGAUGCAUUUUUUGAAAAAUAGCUCCUGAAAAUCAUAGCUCCAGUUACUUUUCUAGUCACUUUGCAUCGAUCAUUCUUGUUGCUUCAAUCCUAAGUCCUUAUUUGUUUCUCAAAAAUUCAUCAGGUGACACCGGAUUAGCUGGCUUCCGCUGGACCUGUUGUGGGGUGAUGUACUCCGAAGGCUAUUCAGGCUGUGCGCAUCACGGCCUUCUGCGAGAGUGGGACGUUUGUACCUGUGAGCGCUGUGAGGCUGGAGAGAAAGCAACCUCAAAGGACUAUGAUACGCACACUGAAAAAGGAAGGCUCGAGCAGUCAACUGUGGAAUACAAUUUUUAGUUCACGUAAUUGUACUUACAUAUUCGUCAGAUUCCACCAUCCACAACAUCCUACACAUCAAGGGUGAGGUUCUAAAGAUUUUUCGGCCAGGUGUAUUCUCCAUGCCAGAAAGCAUCUUGUGCAAUAGACUUCUAGGAUGAAGAAUUGGAAUGUACUCAAGUCAGAACAAAGAAGAACAUCGCAACUGGAAUUGCUUACUUAAUACGCCCACAGUGCUCGCCUCUGUCUCACCUUUCUUCUUCAUUUGGUUCGGCUUUUGGAGCGCACACUGCAACGGAGCAUGGGUUUACAGUUGUCUAUGGGACCAGACGCGCAAGAUGAGGAGAACGAAGAACAAACGCAAAAAGCUGCAGGCGCGAUGCUAGGACUCGCGGCUGGCAUGUUCGGUGAGGGCGGCUUUGACGCCUUCAUGGCCACAACAAUGGCUAUGCUCAGCGGUGGAGGUAUCGACGAUGAAGAGGAUGAGGACGAAGGCGAUGGGUCUUAGUGGAUGCCGUUUGCAGCGAGAUGGGUGACGCUUUCAUGAAAUCAUCGCAAAAAGUGGGAACAAUGGAGUUCGUGUCACAUCAUAUACAAUCAUUAUAUAUAGUACUAAAUUGGAACAAUGCGCUACUACUUUUUCUUCAUACUUGCUCAGACGCAAAGCGUAUGUUAUUCUACUUGUUGUCAGGACAAGUUUAUGAAACAUCUCGACUCUUGUGAGAAGUAAUCCAAGAAACACAACAUCAUGGAUUGCGUUUCUCGGGUUGAUCACACUGUCUUGCGGAUUGAGGGACGAAUCCUGAACGUGGGAGGAU